AUGGCCACAGUCAUCGACUGCCUACACCGUUUCAGCCACGACAUCUACACUGUUGAGGUCGCCGGAGACUACGUCACCGUCACUGUCACAUCCACGGCCUCCGUCGUGCGCCGCUGGCUCUCCACCACGCUCCACCUCCGUCGCCACUACGUCCUCCUGGAGCGCCUCGUCGUAGGCCUCGGCGUCCAGUGGACUCCCGGCGGCUCAGAUCCUCCGGCGGACACGCUGCAGCUCUGCGUCGGCCACCGCUGCCUCAUCUUCCAGCUCACUCAAGCCGACAGCGUGCCGAGGAAACUCCGCACGUUCCUCAACCAUCGCUCUCACAUCUUCGUUGGAUUCUGGAACCGUUCGGACCGCCGGAAGCUCGAGUAUUCGGAGCACAGUUUGGAUAUGUCGAGCGAUCCUCUGGAUCUGAGGUAUUUUGCAGAAACUGAAACCGAUGAGAGUCUGGUUAAAGAUUCAGUGGAGAAGAUCGUCCAGAAAUGCCUGGGGUACGAAGUGCAGCAGAGGAGGGAGAUUAGCAUGAGCGAUUGGGAUCGUAAACAUCUUAGCGACGAUCAAGUUGCUUAUGCGACCGUUGAUGCCUACUGUGCGUUCCUAGUGGGGAGGAACAGCAGAGUGUGGAACCACGAGAGAGUUAGUGCAGAAUAUGUGUUCAAAAAUGGAGAUGCAUGGUCAAAAGUAAUUGGAGAGGAAACAGUCCUAAAAUGGAGGAGCAACGAGUGGACCCCAGAUAUGAAAAGUUGUGGCUAG